GGGGCUGAUGGAUUGGCUAAUGCUGGAGUCACGGGUCUAAAGUCUCUUGGUUAUCAUAUAAAAUAUCUUUUUUGUCAUGUACAAUUCAUACUGUUGGCACGAAGGCACAGAUUCCUUAAUUUUGAAAAUAAUCGUGCCAUUAAAGGUUUAGGAAAAAUUAUGCCUACAAUAGGAUAUACAAUUAGUGUUGAAGAAUCAACAAACAUUGUUAAGAAAGCGAUUCUUUGGAAUGCUAGCGUUUAUCCUUUGAUUUACAAAAGAGUUUUGGUAGAUGCGAAAAUGCAUAUGAUGCUGAGCAACUUUGGAGUACAGCUGACAUCGAUUAAAUCGCAAAUUAUGCAUUUUUUCGAUUCUCCGGGUGCCAAACAUGGGAUCAAGAUUUUUGCCGUGAAAGUCCAAUACGUCAUGUGCAUGAUUCUCAG